GAUAUGGCCCCAUGUUGAGGUGAGGCGGAAGGGCAUCGGCACUCGGCACUUGCAGCUUCGCAAACCGCUGUCUCCGGGCCGCACCAGGUCCACUAGCUUACAUUAGAUCAAGGACGAGCGUUGCUCUUGCUUGGGGGUGACUGGGGGGGAAGGUGGCCCGCCACUCAUAAUCAUGGACCCAAACGCUCCCCUACCACCGCCGCAAGGGCCUAUGGGCACGGCAUCCGGACUCCCACCACAACCAUAUCUACCCCCGCCGCAAGGGCAGGCAGGACAGGCGGUGCCACAGAACUCCGCCUAUCCUUAUGCCGACUAUCGCGCGUCAUAUGUGGACCCGAGAGCUCACCUUCCUCAGCGGACGGCGUCUGUGAGCCAACACCACCAACCCGGCAUGUACGGACCGCAGGCGGGGGCACCUAGACCAAUGUACGCCCCACAAUACUAUCCUGCACCAGCGUCGGGCGGCAGCCCGUCCUUAAUCCCGGCAGGUGCGCCUCCGGCUCAACGUGCGUAUAGUGUCCCCCAUCCUUAUUCUCAAGCACCGCAGCAAGCGCCCUAUUAUCCAGGUUACAACGCACCUUACGGCAGGGUACCAUACCAGCAUUCUCCUCUACAUCCGCGCCCGUAUCCUGUCCAAGCUCGUCCCCCACAGGGUUAUCCCGGCGGUGCUGCUCCUCCACAUCCCGCAGGACCUGCGUCAAACCGAUAUUCUGUAAUGCCACCUCCGCACGGCCAACCUAUAUAUCCUCAGCAGCCAGACGGCGACCAAAUACCUCAGCAGCAGCAGCAGCAUGAUCCAAACGUCCAACCCCCACAGCCGCUUCAAUCUCAGCAACAAAUCUCAUCUCCCUCACCCCUCGAUGGUCGUUCAUCGCCGGCACUGCAGAUGCAAUCUCCCAGACCUCCCGCCUUCGCUCCUAAUCGCUAUUCAAUGAUGCCUCCAUCACAGCAAUCUGUAUAUCCCAGACAAGGCGCCUGGAUGCCAGAACAUGGACCACCUCCAUACCCUAUGGUUAAGCGAGACUCCGUCGUCUCGAACGCCUCGUCUAACCUCUCUUCCAGAUCUCAGCCCGUUCCGCCACAAACACCACAAUCGGCAUCUGACUAUGGCUCUAUACCGCCAGCUGGGACGCCUGCAUCGGAGGUGACGCAGGGAGAACUGUUGCAUCAUACCCCGUCAAUAAGAAGUGACAGGUCGGGACGACGGCAGGAACAUCACGAAGGCACUUCCUACGACGAAAAUGCGGCGGGUCCGGGGCAACUGCGUGUCAUGCUCCAGGAAGAACUCAAUAAGGCAAUAGCUGAGAUCUCCAGACUGAGUCUCCUCAACGAUGACCUUGUUGCGCAGAAGUCUCAGGCGGAGAGUGCUCGACGAACGUCAGAAGCGGAGCGGGACAGUGCGAAAAGCGAAGUGAAGCAGCUGACAGAGCUACUGGAAAUCGCGCGUGCCGAAGCUGGCGACGCACUUGGUUUGCGGGCACGAGUUACCGAACUGGAAGGGGAGGUUGACCGCAUCAAACUGGAGCAUGGGAUGGCUCUUUCUGUCAAUGAGGAAAACAAGUCUGCUCUGCAAACGAUGGAGAAUAUGCGUCACCGGAUGGCGGAUCUCGAAGUGCAAUUGUCACAGGCGCAGAUGGCGGCGAUGCAGUUGAAGGACAGAGAGCUCUCUGCUGGAUCGGAAGCUCAGUCCAGACUGGCCGAACUGGAGGAGCAAGUCAAUAACUUGAGGAGAGAGCUCGCCGGUUCCCAGACGGAGGCUGCACGUUUACUCAAGCUGAAGGUAUGUUAUUCUCGACCAAGCUUGACAGACAAAUGAUUGCGAGAAACCAACACCGGCAAUCUUUCCAGGGCCGCUACGAAUCACACGCG